AUGUCGGGCGUGGACAUGAAACUAGACGACUGGAAUCAACGAUGGGUCGACAAGCGAACCGGUUGGCAUAAAAGCGAAGUUAAUCCAACACUGGAGAAGUAUUUUCCAACUGAUGCAAAGCCCGACACUUUCUUCCCGCUUUGUGGAAAGACUUUGGACAUGAUUUGGGUAGCUGAAAAAGGAUGCAAAGUCCGCGGGGCUGAAUUUUCGCAGCUCGCGAUCGACCAAUUUUUCGAAGAAAACAGCAUUGAAAACAAGGAAGAAAACGGCUUCCGCCAGUCAACUUCGAAAAGCCUCGAUAUUGGAUUGAAACAGGGCGAUUUCUUCGAGUUCCCGGAGGGUGAAAAGUUUGCAUUAAUUUUCGACCGUGGGAGCAUGGUCGCUGUCAACCCUUCAGACCGCGAAAAAUAUGCUGAGAAAAUCAAGAAGUUGCUUCGCAGCGAUGGGAAAGUGCUGCUCUCGGCGAUUUCCAGAGACGAGGAGCACUUGAAAAACGGGCCGCCAUUUCAUCUGACCCUGGAAGAUGUCAAAAACGCGUAUGAGAAGAUAGGAAUGAAAGUGAACCUUCUCGGCACUUAUGAAGACCGCUCCAGUCUUGAGCGACUUGGGCUCAUUACCAUCAAUGAAAUUGAGAUUACUUUUUAG